AUGGCCCGGUACCGGCUGGGGGUCAGCACGGGGCCGGAGUGGGGGGGGGGCACCCUGGGGGGGGUGACCCUGACCCUGGUGGGGACAGCGGGGGUGGCACCUCCCUGUCACCUGGGGUGGCCCCAGCACCGCCUGAGCGCCGGCAGCACCGUGUGGCUGGACGUGGUGUCCCCUCAGCCCUUGGGGACACUGCUGUCCCUGCGCCUGCACAAGGAGCCGCUGCUGUCCCUUGUCCCCGACCGCUGGUUCUGCGCCACCGUCGUUGUCACCGGGCCACACCCUGGGGACACCAGGGGGGACAGCGAGGGGGACAGCGAGGAUGUCCCCAAGGCCACCUUCCCGUGUCACCGCUGGGUGGAGAGCGGGGACAUGGAGCUGAGGGAGGGGACAGCCCGUCUCCCCAGUGACGCCGCCCGGGUGCCGGAGCUGCUGCGGCAGCGCCAGGAGGAGCGGAGAGAGCGGCGGGAGGCGUUCGAGUGGGCUCCCUACGCCCCGGGCUGGCCCUGGCGCCUCCGGGCCCUCCCGCCCUCCCUGUGCCCCUGGCCGGCCCCGCGCGCCGAGAUGACGUCACUUCCGGGCGACGCAACCACCCCACUUCCGGCGCCGCCAUUAAAGCAGCCACUCCCGGAGUCGCCGGAAAUGACGUCACAGGAAGCGACGCCAUUACAGGAAGGGAAAACAUCACAGGAAGAAAAAACGUCACAGGAAGAUAAAACGUCACAUAAAGAGAUGACGUCACACGAUGAGAUGAUGUCACGCGGGGAGGUGACGUCACACGAGGAGAUGACGUCACCGCUGUCCCCAAGCCUGAGCUUCCCGCUCGUCCACCGGGCCCAGCUGGCGGCGCGGGCGGCGGCGGCGCAGAUCCGGAUCCGGCUCCGGGGGCUCCGUUCCGGCUCUUCCUGGAGCUCCUUCGACGACGUCCGGGCGGCGCUCGAGGGACCGGGGACCCCAAUCAGCGAGUACGUGGUGCAGCACUGGCAGGAGGACGCGUUUUUCGGGGAGCAGUUCCUGAGCGGGGUGAACCCCGUCCUGCUGCGCCGCUGCCCCCGCCUGCCCCCCAACUUCCCGCUCACUGCCCCCAUGGUGGUGCCCAGCCUGGGGCCUGACACCUCUCUGGAAAAGGAGAUGGAGGCCGGCCGCGUGUUCCUGGCCGAUUACGCUCUCCUCGAGGGUCUCCCCACCAACGUCAUCGAGGGCCGUCCCCAAUUCGUGGCCGCCCCCCUGUGCCUGCUCUGGCUCAACCCCAGCGGUCAACUCCUGCCUGUGGCCAUCCAGCUCUCCCAGCACCCCGGACCCUCCUCUCCCAUUUUCCUGCCGGGAUCUCAGGGCUGGGCCCUGGCCAAGCUCUGGCUCUCCCAGCACCCCGGCCCCUCCUCUCCCAUUUUCCUGCCGGGAUCUCAGGGCUGGGCCCUGGCCAAGCUCUGGGUCAGGGGCUCUCAUUUCAUCCUGCACGAGAUGGUCACUCACCUGCUGCACGGUCACUUCCUGGCCGAGGCCUUCGCCGUGGCCACCCAGCGCCUGCCCGCGGCUCACCCGGUGCACCAGCUGCUCCUCCCCCACCUGCGCUUCACCUUCCACAUCAACAUCCUGGCGCGGGAGACGCUGCUGAACCCGGGCGGGAUCAUCGACCAGGCCACCUCCAUCGGCAGGGAGGGGACGCUGGCGCUGGUGGCCCGGGGGGUGGCCGCGCUGACCAUGGCCGAGCUCUGCGUCCCCGAGGACAUUCGGGAGCGCGGGGUUGGGGACAUCCCCGGCUACCACUACAGGGACGAUGCCACCGCCAUCUGGGAGGCCAUCGACAGCUAUGUCCAGGCCAUCGUGUCCCUGUUCUACCCCGGUGACGCCGCGGUGGCCGAGGACGAGGAGCUGCAGGACUGGGUGGGGGAGAUCUUCAGAUACGGCGUGCUGGGGAACCAAGGAUCAGGGUUCCCGUCCCGUCUCGGUUCCCGCCCGGAGCUCGUUCGGUUCCUCACCAUGAUCAUCUUCUGCUGCUCCGCCCGGCACGCGGCCGUCAACAGCGGCCAGUACGACUACGCGGCCUGGAUGCCGAACACGCCGGGCUCGCUGCAGCGCCCCCCGCCGGCCGCCCCCGAGGAAGCCACCGAGGAGCUGCUGGUGGCCACAAUGCCCGGCCCGGCGGCCACCGGGGCCCUGCUGGCCCUGCUGAGCGUGGUCAGCUACGAGGGAGGGGAGCCGCGCCCGCUGGGCCGCCGCUCCCAGGACCUGCUGCUCUCGGCUCCGGCUCUGCGCGCCCUGGGCCGGUUCCGCUCCCGUUUGGCCGCGGUGUCGGAGCGGAUCCGAGCCCGCAACGCCCGCCUGGGGCUGCCCUACCCCUACCUGGACCCUGCCGGCGUGCAGGAGAGCAUCUCCAUCUGA